AUGUCGCUUACCUCCCUCCGGAAUCUGCGCACCCAGUGGUUCCCGCCCAAAGCGGCAUUCACUGAGAAAGAGCUUCCCUCGCAGAAGGGUCGGGUUUUCAUCGUGACAGGCGGCAAUGCCGGCGAGCGUGCCGAGAACGCGAUUCAAUCCAUCGUGAAAGUUCAACCCGCGCCGAAGUCGCCCGGCAAGAUCAAGUUCCUCCAUCUUGACCUCAACGACUUGGAAACAGUCAAGGGGGCGGCGGCUAGCUUCGCACAACAAGAAUCGAGGCUCGAUGUCCUCUGGAAUAAUGCGGGAACUGGAGCGAACCUGGUAGAAGCCGGCGGCAAAACCGCCCAGGGAUUUGAGGCUAUGGUGGGGAUGCACUGUAUCGCGACUUUGCUAUUCACCGAGCUCGUGCGACCGCAGCUACGGGCGGCCGCAGCAGCGCCCGAGACAGCUCGUGGAUCUGUUAGGGUAGUGUGGACAUCCAGCUUUUUGGCGGAGGGCGCCUCGCCGGCGAAUGGGAUUGAUUUCACUGUGUUAGAUAAGGGAACCAAAGAUCGCACUCGCAACUAUGCUGUCUCAAAGGUGGGAACCUGGAUGCUGGGACUGGAGUUGGCACGACGAUCCAAUCUCGACCAGGAGAACAUUGUGAGCGUGGUGCAGAAUCCAGGCAAUCUAAAUGCGGGCUCCUAUGCAGGGACUCCGGCGGUUGCGAUGUUUUUCAUUAGCCCCUUGCUCCAUGAGGCCAAGUUUGGGGCCUAUACCGAGCUAUACGCCGGUUUAUCACCCGAGAUAACACUUGAGAAGAAUGGCGCCUAUAUCAUUCCCUGGGGAAGGAUUCGACCGGAUAAGGACUGUCCACGGCGAGAUAUUGUUGCGGCGAUGACUUCGGCCGAGGAUGGGGGACUUGGAUAUCCAACACGGUUUUGGGAGUGGUGUGAACUGCAGUGGAAGCCCUUUGUGUAA